AAGUCAAAACAAUUGCGACGUGCUUCCGCACCAUCUCAUGGAAUGGCAUUUGCCUACUUUUCGGCGCCAUCUUCCACUUCCAUACACUACUUUGGUCACCAGGAUGGUUCGAAAAAAUCACAAGACGUUCGUGGCAAACAUAACUUCACAAUACCUUCUGUAAAUGUGGAACACCAUGACAUAAGUGAUAAUUCCAACAUGACGACUACGUCAUCGGUUACAUCAGGCAAUCUACCUUCACUAUCACCAUGCUCCUCGGCGUCUUCUCUUAGCUCAUUGAGUUCCACUGUUCAACAACCUCCCGGGAAGGUGCAAUUCUCGUUCCUUCCACAACCAGUCCAUCAACCUUAUCCGAUAAGAUCAAAAAGUAUUUCCGGCGAAACUCCUUACUCAUCACAAGCGUACUCUUUACCGAACAUGGUAUCUGGUGCUUCUUACGAUCGCGUCCCCUGGUCACCUGCCAAAGAUUUUUUGGCCAACUUGGCGGAGUCUACCCUAGCUAAACCGAUGCCCGACGAUGAGGGUCAACAAGUAGGAGAAUACAUCAUCGGUAAGGUGAUUGGGCGUGGCGGUUUUUCCACCGUCAAAGAAGCCAUAAGGAUGAACGACUAUUCAUUGGAAAAGGUUGCCGUCAAAAUUGUGAAAAAUGACUCGGAAUCUGAUCAUAACGAUCGCAUUCAGUCACUACUCCAACGAGAAAUCACGAUCUGGAGUAAACUCGUCCAUCCAAACAUUGUACCAAUGCUAUCAAUGAUAGAAGAUGAUUAUGCAAGUUAUAUCUUCUCGGAAUUCUGCUCAGGGGGUAACCUGUUGCAGUACAUUAAGAAGCACGGAAACGGAAAAGGGUUGGACGAGGACGAAGUUCGUAACAUAUUCCUCGAAGUCGGUGAGGCUGUACGAUACAUGCACAAUGAUAUGAGAUUGGUGCAUAAGGAUAUCAAACUGGAUAACAUACUAUUGGACGACAAUGAUAACACUUGGAAACUUUGCGAUUUUGGAUUGACCGAAUUUCAGAAUGAUGCUAAUGGUUUUGGCGAACUUUCCUCACUCGACGACGUCGCCGGUGGAUCAUUGGCCUAUUGUCCUCCGGAACAAAUUCGAUCCAAGGUACCAUUGAAGGUUCCAAGUGUCGACAUAUGGAGUCUUGGGGUUGUCGUGUAUGCGAUGGCCACAGGACAAUUACCAUUCAUGGAUGAAUUCGAGCCUCGACUGCAGUACAAAAUCCUAAAUGGACGAUACGAUGAAACACCGCUACACGAAGCGGGGGUCAGUGACGAGCUGAGAGAUCUAUUGAAGUGUAUGUUCCGAACGAAACCCACCGAUCGAUUAAACAUCACACAAGUAUUAGAACACGCAUGGUGUCGACGGUGA